GCGCGUGUCACUUUCUCCCCAUGUCAUUUCUCUCCGUGACACGUCACUUCCUCCCCCGAGCUCGCGCCGCCUCCACCCUCGCUUUCCAGAUCCGAAUCUUUUUGAAUGAAUUGCCGGAAGUACCGUUAGCCCUCGGCCGCCGCCCCUCCCCGCGCCUCUGGCGGGCGCCGCAGCCGCAGCGUACGCGUUUAGUUCAUUCGGUUGCCGUGUCAGUGGAGCAGCCGCUUCUGGGCGCACGUAGUGAGCGUGGUACUGGGAGGAAGUGUCAGUGUAGUUCGCUCGCAAGCAAGCAGAAGGAGAUGCCCACCGGGAAGCCGUUCGAGAGACUGCCGGGGACAGUCCGGCCGAAGCACUACGUGCUGUCGCUGCUGCCCGACCUGAAGGCGCUCGUCUUCGACGGGGACGUCGCCGUGCAGAUUGAGGUUGUGAAGCAAACAAGCGAAAUCGUACUUAACGCCAUAGACUUAGAAAUCCAGAACGUAACCUUAAAAGGCAACAAUGUCCUCGAAUCCCCGAAAACCACAUCCUUCUCCGUCGACGACGAGACCGUCACCUUCACCUUCGCCAAACCCAUCGCGCCCGGCCCCUACUCCCUCAGCAUGACCUUCAAGGGCGAGCUGAACGACAAAAUGAAGGGCCUCUACCGCAGCAAGUACCAGAACCAGCAGGGCGAGGAGCGCUACGCCGCCGUCACCCAGUUCGAGGCGACGGACGCGCGCCGCUGCUUCCCCUGCUGGGACGAGCCCUCCCUCAAGGCCACCUUCGACAUCAGCCUGUCGGUGCCCCGCGACCUGGUGGCCCUCAGCAACAUGCCCGUCAAGCACUCGAAGGAGACCUCCGGCCUGAUCCGCUACGACUUCGAGACCACCCCCAUCAUGUCGACGUACCUGGUGGCGUGCGUGGUGGGCGAGUACGACUACGUGGAGGACAAGUCGGCCGACGGGGUGCAGGUGAGGGUGUACACGCCGAGGGGCAAGAAGGAGCAGGGGCUGUUCGCGCUCGAGGUCGCCACCAAAGUGCUACCUUACUACAAAGACUACUUCGACAUAGCGUACCCGCUGCCGAAGAUCGAUUUGAUAGCGAUCGCCGACUUCAGCGCCGGGGCUAUGGAAAACUGGGGCCUUGUUACUUAUAGGGAGACCUGUCUGCUGGUGGACACGCAGAACACGUCGGCGGUGCAGAAGCAGUGGAUCGCGCUGGUGGUGGGCCACGAGCUGGCGCAUCAGUGGUUCGGGAACCUGGUGACAAUGGAGUGGUGGACCCACUUGUGGCUGAACGAAGGAUACGCGUCGUUCGUGGAGUACCUCUGCGUGGACCACCUCUUCCCGGAGUAUGAUAUCUGGACCCAGUUCGUCAACGACACCUACAUCCGCGCCCUGGAACUCGACUGCUUGAAGAACUCCCACCCGAUUGAAGUCCCAGUCGGGCACCCAUCGGAAAUCGACGAGAUCUUCGACGACAUCAGCUACAACAAAGGCGCCUCCGUGAUUCGGAUGCUCCACAACUACAUCGGCGACGAAGACUUCCGCAAAGGCAUGAACCUGUACUUAACCCGUCACCAGUACAAAAACACCUUCACCGAGGACCUGUGGGCCGCUCUGGAAGAAGCCUCCAAGAAACCAGUGGGCGCGGUCAUGUCCACAUGGACCAAACAGAUGGGUUUUCCGGUCAUUAAAGUGACCAGUCGGCCCGAUCCCGACAACAAAGGCGUAGUACUUACUUUAUCUCAAAGCAAAUAUACGGCUGACGGAUCCAAGCCUCCGGAAGACUUCCUCUGGAUGAUCCCCGUCUCCAUAACGACGUCGAAGCGCAAAACUGUCAGCACUGUACUUAAAACGAAAGAAGCGGAAGUUGUUAUUCCGGACGUGGGUCCGGGUGACUGGGUUAAGGUCAACCCAGGUACCGUCGGGUUUUAUCGUACCCAGUACGAACCCAAGUUGCUGGAGAGGUUUAUCCCGGCUAUAAAAGACAGGAGUUUGCCCCCUCUGGACAGGUUAGGGCUCUUGGAUGAUUUGUUUGCGAUGGUCCAAGCCGGUCACACGAACACGGUGGAAGUUUUGAAAUUGUUAGAGGCGUAUGAAGAUGAAGCGGAUUACACGGUUUGGUCAUCCAUUAAUAACGUUUUGGUCAAACUGAAUAUGUUGUUGAGUUAUACGGAUUGCGUGGACGAGUUCAGAACGUACCAGAAACGGAUACUGAGCAAGGUGUCGAAACGUUUAGGUUGGAACCCAGAUCCGACCGAGCGCCACCUGGACACUCUCCUUCGCGGUUUGGUCCUCGGCAGGCUCUCGUGGCUCGAUGACGACGACACAAUCGGCGAGGCGCAGAAACGGUUCGACGCUCACGUCAAUUCUAGUCAAACUUUACCGGCCGACUUACGAAGUGCCUGUUACAAAACUGUACUUAGGGCGGGAGGCGAAGACGUCUACAACACUUUACUGAAACUAUACAGAUCAGUGGACUUGCAUGAAGAGAAAGACAGGAUCAGCAGGGCGCUAGGGGCCGCCAAAGACUCGGAAAUCUUGUCCAAAGUUCUCAAAUUCGCCAUUUCUGACGAAGUGAGGGCGCAGGAUACCGUGUUCGUGAUCAUCUCCGUGGCGAUGUCGAGGGUCGGCAGGGACCUGGCGUGGCGGUUCUUCGUGGAUAACUGGGCGCUGUUCAACGAUAGGUACAAAGGGUAUCUCCUGACGAGGUUGGUGAAGUUCGUCGCGGAGAAUUUCGCCAGCGAAGAGUCCGCCAAGGAGGUGGAGCAGUUCUUUAAAGCGCACGAUAUUUCUGGGACGGAGAGGACUGUGCAGCAAGCUGUAGAGACGAUCCGGUUAAAUGCAGCGUGGUUACAGAGAGAUACCGAUGCCAUAAGGAAUUACCUCAGUAGUAACUGAAAAUUUACUUAAUUUUGUGCAUUUUUUAUUAUUGUAAGGAUCGUUUUUUUGCCAGUGACUGUAACUAUUGUUUUUAUUUUUAAAUGUUUUUGUAGUAGUUCAGUUAUUGUACGUAAAUUAUCUAAUAAAUGCAGGUGUGAA